CCUCUCCCGCCAGGGGGCGCGGAGGUUGGGCUGCAGGUGCGCAGGGGAGCGAGGGCGGGGCCGGGGCAGGUAGAGCUGCCCCGCGGCCAGCGCUGAGGGACGAUGAAGUGCCGCUGCCGCCUCUGCGUUUUCGACGCGGCCCGGGGGCCCCGGCGGCUCAUGCGCGUGGGCAUGGGGCUGAUCCUGGUGGGCCACGUGAACCUGCUGCUGGGGGCCGUGCUGCACGGCACUGUCCUGCGGCACGUGGCCAAUCCCCGCGGCGCCGUCACCUCGGAGUACACCACCGCCAAUGUCAUCUCCGUGGGUUCCGGGCUGCUGAGCGUUUCCGUGGGACUUGUGGCCCUUUUGGCAUCCAGGAACCUUCUUCGCCCACGACUGCACUGGGCCCUGCUGGCACUAGCUCUGGUGAACCUUCUCUUGUCUGCUGCCUGCUCCCUGGGCCUC